AUGAAAGGAUUCGUUAUUGCUUUAUUAAUUUGUUCAUUAGUUAUUUGUGACUAAAAUGCAAUAUUUUUGAAUGAAACUUAUUACCCAGGCUUUAUUAGUGUUAACGAGAAAAGCGAUUUAUUUUAUAUCUUAUUAGAGUCUCGCUCUAACCCCUCAACUGAUCCUUUAGUCUUGUGGCUUAAUGGUGGUCCAGGUUGUUCUUCUCUUCUUGGGCUAUUUGAAGAAAAUGGACCAUUUAAAAUAAAUGAAGAUGCAACUUUGAGAUCUAACCCCUUCUCUUGGAACUCUAAUGCUAAUUUAAUCUACGUUGACUAACCAGUAGGUACAGGCUACAGUCAUGCUGGUCAUGGAGACCUUGCUAAGACAGAAGAACAAGUUAGCAAAGAUUUUUACUCAUUCUUAACUUAAUUCUUUGACAAAUAUCCUCAAUAUUUAGGAAGAGAUUUUUACAUCACUGGUGAAUCUUAUGCAGGAUAAUACAUCCCUGCUAUUUCUUAAAAGAUUUUAAAAGAAAAAAAUCCUAAUAUAAAUUUAAAGGGAAUUGCUAUUGGUAAUGGAUGGGUGGAUCCUUAUUAUUAAUAACCUGCUUAUGCUGAAUAUGCAUAUGUUAAUCAUUUGAUAAAUUAAACAUAAUACAAAAAAUUAUCAGCUUAAUUUUCUAUUUGUUAAGUAUUUAUUAAUUACGAAGCUCCAUAUCGCUUGUAAGAGUAUUUUUGUGGACCACCUUAUUAAUAAAUUGUUGGAAAUAAUACAUUUAAUAUUUAUAAUAUUAAAUCUCCUUGUAUUGGAAAUGGUUGCUAUGAUGAUUAAGAUGAUAGAAUUUAUAAAUUUUUGAAUAGGACAGAUGUUUAGUAUUUACUUGGAACUCAAGGAAGAAUCUGGAGUGCUUGUGAAGAUAAUGUCUCAAACGCUUUAUAAAAACUUAGCUAUCGCUCAUCAACAUAAGAUCUUAAAGUAAUAUUAAACUCAGGUCUUAAAGUUUUAAUCUAUAAUGGCUCACUAGAUUAUGAAUGCAACUAUUUAGGAAAUGAAAAGUGGUUGGACAAUCUUGAAUGGAACAAAUAAAUUGAAUAUUUGAAGUAGAGCUAUUCUUAUGUUUUUAAAGGCCACAAGAUUAUUGGAAAACAAAAAAGUGCUGGAAACUUAAAAUUCUAAAUCAUAUUUGAUGCUGGUCACAUGGUUCCAAUGGAUCAACCAGAAAUAGCUUUAGAAAUGAUCAAUUCUUUUAUAUAAUAAUGA